AUGGUGGACGAAGACUGGGACGAGCUGGAGCCGGCGCCAGCCGUGGUGUCGGCUCCCUCCUCCAGCACCACCGGCCGCAGCUCCACACCCGACUCGCCCGGCGGCGCCGCCGCCGCCGCCGCCGCCGCCCUGUCUGCCUCCUCCGGCAGCGCGCCAGCACCUCCGGCGGGCCUGGCACCACCGCCGGCAGCCACGCCUGCUCCUCGCCCGCCAGCGCUGUCUGCCCCACGCGCCCCGGCUGCCACGGCUGCGCCCAGGAACGCCGCCACGGCGCCCGCCACUACCACAGCCCCUCCCGCCCUGCCGACCGCCCCGGUUGUGCGCCCAGCAGCCAGCGGCGCGCGUCCUGCACCCACGGCGCCCAGGCCAGCUGCAGGGGCUCCCAGGCCAGCUGCAGGAGCAGGCGCAGCAGCGGUGCGGCCAGCUAGGCCCGGCAGUGCGGCCGCAGCCGGCGCCCCUCGGCCUGCAGGCGCCUCCGCCGCUGCUGCCACUCGGCCAGCAGGCGCCCCGGCAGCCGCAGCGCCGCCACCGGGCCCCCCCCGGGUGCCCAGCACAGGCGGGCUGCCGCCCAGCAGGCCUGCUUCUGGCGGCGCUGCCAGCGCGCCGCCCCCAAAGCCGGCCGCGCCAGCCGCGGCGCCGGCAGCGGCAGCCGCCGCACAGGCGGCGCCUGCCAGCGAGAUUGAGCCCGCCAGCAGCAGCGCUUUGCUGGCUACAGACACGGACGCGCCGCAGGCUGCUGCAGGCGAGGCCACCAGCUCGGCGAGCGACGCCGCGCCCGGCGCUGGCGGCGGCGCGCCCGCCGGCGGGUGGGUCGGCGGGUGGGGCGCGCUGGGGCGGCUGGGCGCCUCGCUGCAGGCGGCCGCCAGCACCGCCAUCAAGGAUGUGUCUGACCUCGGAGAGAGCUUCCAGAAGGUGUUGCAUGAAGUGGCUGAAGCUUCAGACGAGGAGGAGGGCGGGGGUGCGGUGGCGCGGCGCCCGCCGCCGCCGCCGGGCGCCGACUCGCCGCUGCCGCCCGAGCAGGAGGCUCGCCGGCGCCAGGUGCUGGCCCGGCUGGCGGCGGAGGAUGAGGCGGACAUUGAGCCGCCGGCGCCGGCCAAGGCGGCUGCGCCGGAGGGUGGGCAGGCCGGCGCAGCGGGCGGGGCUGAUGAGGGGGAGCCGCCUGCGCCAGGCGGGCCGCCCGCUGGCGCCAGCAAGGCGCUGACCAGCCUGUGGGGCUGGGGCAAGGGCCUGGCGAGCAAGGUGGAGGCGGCGGCGGCCAGCGUGGGGCGGGAGCUUGCCGAGACGGUGCACGACGCGCAGCCGGCGGUGCAGGCGGCCACCAGCAAGGCGGCGGCGGGGGGCCGCGCCGCCGAGUUCAGGAUUGGGUCCACGCUGGGCGCGCUGGGGCGCACCGCCCAGGAGCUGCUGGAGUCUGCCAUGGAGGCGGGACCCAGGCUGGCCGGCGCGCGCGGCGGCGGCGGCGGCGGCGAGGGCGAGGAGGCCGCCUGCUUUGCGGACCAGCUGUACAUCCACGGCGGGCGCAGCGCUCAGGAGGACCUGGAGGCACUGGCCAAUGACAGUGCGCGGAUUGCCAACCGCCUGCGCUCGGCGCUGGGCGAGGAGGAGCGUGCGGGGCUGGAGCGGGCUCUGGCGGCUCUGGCGCCCAUCUUCGACCUCGGCGCGCCGCACCCCGGCGACGACGGCGGCGAGGGCGGCGGCGCUGACGUGGCGGCGGUCGCCGCUGGGCACGCUGUGAUCGAGGAGCUGGCGGCGGCGGGCUGCGAGCGCGCCGACGCGCUGGCGCGGGCCGCCCGCGACGCCGCGGCGCGGCUCGUGGCCGCGGCCGCCGCCGGGGCCACUGAAGCCGCGCCUGCGGGGGGCGAGGGCGAGGCGGCUGGGGUGGCGCCCGCGGCUGCAGCACCCAGCAGCGGCCCAUCGGCAGAACCCGAGGCGCAACCGGAGGGCGAGGGCGAGGCAAAGGGUGAGGCAGAGCGCGAGGCGGCGGCGCAGGCGGCGCCCGCCGCGCUCGGCGCCCUGGCGGGGCUCCACGCCACCGGCGUCAAGUCGGUGGCAGAGCUGUGCAGCCUGUGCCUGGAGCGGCUGCUGGCGCUGGGCCGCAGCCUGUCCUCUCACUACCGCUACGGCCGCCCCGCCAACGACGGCAUCGCGUGGCCGCCCGGCGCCGAGGCGGCGGCGCUGCUGCUGCGGCGCCAGGCGCUGCGCAUGCUGGAUGACCUGGCGGGGGUGGGGGCGGCCUUUGGCGCCGCGCUGGCCUCGGCGGGCAGCCACCUGGACGGCGCGGCGGGCGCCCAGGGCGGCGGCAAGGCGUACAGCCGCGCGGCGGCGCCGCUGGCGCGGCGCCUGCAGGGCGACAGCGAGGCGGCGGCGGCGCGGGUGCAGGAGGCGUGCCGCGCGCUGCUGCAGGUGGUGUGGCUGACCAGCGUGCCGCGAGAGGCGGUGGACGACCUGCUGUAUAGUAGACGGUGGUGGGGCGGGCCUGGGCACAGCCAGCCGGAAGCAGCGCCGAGCCGGCCAGCACCACCAGAGCGCUGA